AUGGUCUCCCCUUGUCCCAGGCUUGUCCACCAGUUUAUGGACGACAACUUUCUCCAGGAGUACGGUCGUGAGUCCUGCACCAAGCUGCCGCUGAUCCCCGUGCUGUCGUCCUCGUUCCAGGCCCCGCUGGCGUCGUUGCGAGCAGUGGACUACUUCUCGGCAGAGCUUUCCGACGACCAGUACUUCCGGUGCUGGAUCUCCAUCACAAACAACCGGUUCAUGAAACCGUACGAGCUGUCCAACUUCCACAGUGUGCGCGCCGCCAAGCCAGACUCGCUCGUCGAGGACCUCCAGGUGUUUCUGCCGUGCACCUCGUCUGCCCGCCUUGAGAACGCCUGCUGGCGCGCAUGGCAGAAGUCCAGGAACAGGCUGCCGGAGCUGAACCCCGCGGAAAUCAACUGGCACAAGGAAAACGACAUCACUGCGCUCUACGGCCCGGUGCUCGAGUGCUCGUUGAGGCCGCACCUUGCCGAGCCGUCCGGCGACGAGCUCUCCGACGACGAACUCUUCAGCUGCAGCAGCGGCUCCUCACUGACACAUCGUCGGCGACGCCGUUUAUGA